CGACCGGUGCCAGGCCAGGUGUGCGCGCCCGUCGGUCCUUCCGUGCCCGCGCCGGACCCCCAGCCCCCGGAGGCCGCCCCGGGCCCGUCCCUGCGCCCGGCACCAUGAAGCACGAGUCCGCAGCCCAGGACGCUCCGCCCCCCGCGCUGGCCCCCCGGGAGGACGGCGACCCCCCCGCCCUGUGGAUUUUCGGGUACGGCUCCCUGGUGUGGAGGCCCGACUUCGCCUACAGCGACAGCCGCGUGGGCUUCGUGCGCGGAUACAGCCGCCGCUUCUGGCAGGGCGACACCUUCCACCGGGGCAGCGACAAGAUGCCCGGCCGCGUGGUGACCCUCCUUGAAGACGGUGAGGGCUGCACUUGGGGUGUGGCGUACCAGGUGCGAGGCGAGCAGGUGAGAGAGGCCUUGAAGUACCUGAACGUGCGGGAAGCGGUGCUCGGAGGCUACGACACCAAGGAGGUCACCUUCUAUCCUCAAGACGCACCGGACGAACCUCUCACCGCGCUGGCCUAUGUGGCCACCCCGCAGAACCCGGCCUACCUAGGGCCCGCCCCGGAGCAGGUCAUCGCCACGCAGAUCCUGGCCUGCCGGGGCUUCGCCGGUCACAACCUCGAGUACUUGCUGCGCCUGGCGGACUUCAUGCAGCUGUGCGGGCCCCAGGCGCAGGACGAGCACCUGGAAGCCAUCGUGCACGCGGUGGGCAGCAUGCUGCCCUGCUCCUACCUCAGCGAGCAGGCGCUGGCCCUGGUUUGAGGGGCCGAGCCCUUGUCCACACGGACAACAGGGCUGGACGCCUACCCCAGCCUUGAAACAGACUCGACAGAGCUAACGCGCCCUGAGGGGGCGCCGCGGGCCGCGGGGCUCCUCGGGCUCCUGUCCUGCUUGACACUGACUGACUUGAAGCUUUAUUUAUUGCACCAUGUUGGUGUGGUGGGCAGGGCAGGUGGGGGACCUGCCCCGGGCCCAGGCCCUGCUGCGCGGCGGCCCCACCCCAGGCCUCUGGUGCCUGACCAGAUAGAUCUCCCCCAACACUGCUGCUAAUCCCAUGCCCCCCGGGCCUCCACCUCCCCAGGAGGCCUCUAGGAGCCUUGAUCCACCCAGACCGAUAUUCCUCAGCCCGGAGCCACCACCUGCCCGGCUCCCAGCAUGCCGUGCCCCUCUGCUGCACCCCAGGGCAGCGCCGCGGCCGCGGCCGGGCCUGGGCUUCCUCUCCUUUUGGUUAUCCCCCUCCCCCUCGCUGUUUGCCUUCUUGUCUGACUGGGACCCCAUGGGUCUCUCCUUGUCCGAUCCUGGGAGGUUCAUCACCGCAGGCCCUGGUCCUCUCCCAGUCUUACCCCCCCCGCACCCCCGUCACUCAUAAAUGGA